AUGGGCGCUAUAGCCAGUAGGUACCGUGUCUCGAAUACAGCUCUCAGUAGCACCGAUGUACAAAAUAUAGAAAAUGCAAGCAAACGUGAAAAUCCCGGGACAUUGGAUGAACUGCACAAAAAGACCAAAGAGGUGAUGCCAGUGAACUUUGAAGGUGGGAAGCUUAUGGUCAACAAAGGAAUUUCAAAUCAUUUCCAGAUGUCCCACACACUAACAAUGAGUUCAAUGCAAAAUGGCUAUAAACUAGGAGCAACUUACAUCGGCACAAAACAAAUAUCUCCAACAGAGGCAUUCCCAGUUGUUUUGGGAGAUGUGGAUCCCGCUGGAAAUGUUAAUUUUAAUCUUAUACACCAACUCACACCAGAAAUUAGAGUUAAAGGAGCUGCACAGGUUCAAGAAUGCAAAUUGACAGCAUCACAAGGCACAGUUGAAUACAAAGGUUCUGACUACACACUAGCUUUAGCCGUCGGAAAGCCUGACUGCAGUGAAAAGUCCUCAGUCUUUGUUGGACAUUACCUACAGGCAGUUACCCGGAGACUGACAUUGGGAGCGGAGUUGGUGUACCAGUCCAGCCCGCGCAUCGCCGGUGGAGAGGUGGCCGUGGCGUCCGCCGCCGCACGGUACACCAUGGACGAUUCUGAAGUGUCAGCGACGUUGGGUGCGGCCAGCUUCCAUGUGUGCUACUUCAAACAAGCAAGCGAACAAUUACAGGUGGUAGCGGAGAUGGAGACAUCUUUCCGAGGAAUGGAGUCAACAGGCACUAUCGGCUACCAAGUAACUAUUCCAAAGGCAGAACUUGUGUUCAGAGGUAUGGUUGACUCCAAUUGGAAUAUUGGAGCUGUUUUAGAGAAGAAAUUACAGCCCUUGCCAUUCACAUUUGCACUCUCGGGCAUGGCCAACCAGGCCAAGCAACAGUUCAAGUUUGGCUGUGGACUCAUCAUCGGC